GAGGACUCAAUGAUUUACGUUCACGACACCGGUGCAGUUCUGUUGUUUGCCGGUGGGGCAGUUUAUUGCUGGAUUCAGACAUGUCUCACUUACAAGCUGUCCCAGAUAGGAAUUAACACCCAAUUCCUUUUCACGAUCCGCUUCAUCCUCUCCUGCAUCAUCACAGUUUUUGGUUCGAUCUUCUUCUUAGCAGAGAUAUUUGCGUACGAAGAAUUUCGCCAGCAGUCCGAACACGUCGUGGCCAACUGGCAACCCUCGGAUCCAGGCUACAGCGUGCACGUGCUCAGUAAUAUCAGCGAGUGGAUUGCAGCGCUUUGUUUUGGUCUCUUUGGAAUCACAUUUUUCGAGGAGUUCCAAAAGAUUAGUUUCCACGUUGAAUGCACGCAGAAGUGUGAGGAGCGCCGACAAAGUAGUCCUUUGCUGGAUUAUACCAAUAUCAGCGAGGAGGAAUGA